UUUUUAUCGAGCACCCGGACGCGUCCUCUAAGCGAUGACUCAAUCGAGCCUGACAUUGCCGGACAGCCUCAGUUUCACGUCGCAGUUCGUUAAGGUCGCGCAUCCUUCACUCGGAGCUUAUCCAUUGGCGUGUAACCUAUCGCAAUCGCUCACUUUGUUGAUGUUCCUACUGCUUGUGGUUUGUCUAAUUUUACUACACAGUCCUUAUUAUGUUAUUGCCGAAACACAAUCCCCCAUUGUUCUUGUGCCGGGAGAUGGUGGCAGUCAGGCAUAUUGCAGUCCAACUGGGAGUGUGGAGAGUUUUCUUCUAUGGGUGAACUUGCGUUAUUUUAUCACACCGGGGACACUCGCUCAAUACUUCAGUAUUAUAUAUGAUCCUCGAACGGGCGAGAUACACGACUCGGACUUGUGCAAUGUUACGUUCCCCGGUUGGGGUGACACCUGGUCGAUUGAGAAUCUUGACACAUACAAACAUAGUGGAACUGUUUAUUUUGAACAUCUUGUAACAUCACUUCGCCAGGACCCGUUUUAUGUCUCCAAUAGAACAUUACGCGGAACGCCAUUCGAUUUUAGAAGAGCCCCGAACGAGAAUCCUGAUUUUCAGCAGCGGUUGCGAUUGUUGAUAGAGGAAACCUACAUUAUUGCUGGAUCCCGACGAGUCGUUCUUUUAGGACAUAGUCUUGGAUCUUUGUACUGCCUGGCAUUUCUGCAUGCCCAGUCAAACGAUUGGAAGCGAAAGUACAUCAAAGCAUUCUUGUCUGUCAGUGGCCCUCUGGGUGGAUCCGUCAAAGCUCUUAAACUAGAAGUCAGUGGGGACAAUUUUGGUGUACUCAUUCGAAGUCCGCUCAGUUUUCGCGAGGUUCAGCGAUCCUUACCAUCCACAGCAUUUCUCAUGCCGGAUCCAAGACUAUGGCCCCCUUCGGAACCGAUUAUUAUAACUCCCAAAUUGAACUACUCGGCGCAUGACUAUCAAAAAUUAUUUAGUGAUAUUAACUUUCCUCAGGGAUAUGCUUUUUUGCAAAACACGAAACCCUCCGUAGAUGGUUUCAUGGGUCCAACUGGAUUGGAUGAAGUCUACUGCAUUCAUGGAUCGAAGGUCAGCACCACGUAUCAGUUGGUCUAUCCGGAACCGUCGUUCUUUCACAAAGGAUUUCCCGAUGAAUAUCCUACUCUUAUCACUGGAGAUGGGGAUGGAACCGUGCAUUUGCGUAGUCUUCAACUUUGUCGGCUUUGGCCUGGUGCAAAAUACAUUGUUCUGGAAGGUGCGGAACAUUUACAUAUUGUGGGAGAUGAACGCUUUCUAAAGUUGAUCCACGAAAUCGCCGGAGUUCAGCAGUCGCACUGCAGACGGAGGAAACACAACACAAGAAUUCCUCAAUCAAACGGUAAGUUGACACGCACAACACAUCUUACCAUCCGUCAUUGA